AUGAUCGCCGAUACAUUUACAGUGAAGGAUCGCUUCACGAUUCAACGUCAAAUCAAUCCACAAUACGACGAGUCGAGUGAUGCGGAACGACGUUCGGAACCAAAACGUUGGCAUAAACAACCUACCAUAGUCGCGAAGCGAAACGCUCGAGAACGAACACGUGUCCAUACGGUCAAUCAGGCAUUCGUUACAUUGAAAUUCCAUCUGCCAUCGCUACGUACUCACACAAAACGUGUGUCGAAGCUGAAAAUACUCAACGCCGCCAUACGUUAUAUCGAUUCGCUUGUGGAUCUUCUAAAAACAUGUGACACUAAUGCUCCGCUUACGGUAUUUCCGAGCGAACGACGUCAUAGCACAGCCUCAGCUGAUCGCUCACUUAUACGACAUCAACCAAUCCCUUAUAUGCAGACAUUGUUCGAUUAUCCUUAUUUGUAUCCUCAAAAUCCGAACACUCAAAAUUUUAUGAUGAAUCCAUCGACAUCAUUCCUACUUCCUCCUUGUUAUACUCAGUGA